AGUCAGUUCCCAUUCACUGUCGGCUGUGUGAGGAGUUUUGUAUUCUCACCGAAGAUCAGUUUGUUGAAAUGUACCAAAAGAACGAUAAGUGCUCCUCUAGAGGCGCGCAUUAUUAGAAUAAACACAACGACAAGACGAUUGGUGUUUUGUAUCUGCUGAAGAUCGCACAAUAAAAUGAAGAGAUCGAGAGAGCAAAUUUGAAUAUUUAGUAUAAACAAAUUGAAUUUGUGUUUGUCGUUUUGCCUCAGUCAAAACGUGAUCAGAAGCAGAACCCGCGCGCGUAUUCUGGGUGUAAAUUGUGCUCGCUUACUUCUCGUGUGUCCACCAUGCCAGAGAUGCCCGUGGUGUGAGCAUAUCUGCAGAAAGAGUUGAAAGUUUAAUUACCAUUGUAUUGGGGUUGAUCGUUGAUUGCUGUGCCACACAAAAGUGCAAAAUAUUAUUAUAUAUUUGAGUUUCUGCGUGUGCAAUGAUCACAUCCCACAGUUGAUCUUUGAAGAGCAAAGAAAAAGUGUUUUUGUGGAAUUUAAUAAAAGGAUUCAGCUCCUUUAAGUGGACUUUCAAUAAAGGAAAAAUUAUUUUAAAAAAAUGAUGAAUGUUGAGUGUGAGGAUAAUUUUUGUGGAUGAUUUGCAACUGUGUGUGGGAGAUGCAUCAUCAUACAAUUCAACGAUCAUUAACCGACGGUUGUGCAAGUACCUUCAUGAAUUCAACAAUCACCUCAAUGGAGAGUGGAAUAAUGUCCUCAACGACAGAAUGCUUCUUCCCAAGUGACAAUUGGAUGAUGACACCAUAUUCCAAUGGAUUAACACCCAUGAAACAGAUGGAAGCAUGUUUGCAGAGCGCUGGUAGAGAUAGAGCUUCGUACAAACCCCUUGAACAUAUUGACCAUCCGGAAUCACCUGAAGAUCGUACAAGAUCAAAUGGAGAAUUGGAAGGAAGAAGUGUCGAAGGUCACGGGGAGGUAAAUCACAAAAAUGGACGUGGCAAGAGGGAUGAGGAGGGCCCCAGUCAUCCCCAUCCGGCUCUUGCAACAGCUGGAGUUAUGUUAGAAACAAAGCAAUUAUGGGAUAAAUUCCAUGAGCAAGGAACAGAGAUGAUUGUAACGAAAACAGGACGAAGAAUGUUUCCAACAUUUCAAGUGAGGAUCUUUGGGCUUGACCCUCAAGCUACGUACAUCAUGCUCAUGGAUUUUGUACCAUGUGAUGAUAAACGCUAUAGAUAUGCUUUUCACAGUUCAAGUUGGGUCAUUGCUGGUAAAGCUGACCCCAUAUCCCCACCACGAAUUCACGUUCAUCCUGACUCACCGGCCCCUGGGGCAGCAUGGAUGAAGCAAAUAGUAUCAUUUGAUAAGCUUAAAUUAACAAAUAAUCAACUAGAUGAGAAUGGGCAUAUCAUUCUCAAUUCGAUGCAUCGCUACCAGCCGAGAUUUCAUAUUGUGUACCUCCCACCAAAGGUCACGGCGUCACGUGUUGGUGUCUCUGGAACAACUACCGAAGAACAGAGUCACUAUAGAACUUUUACAUUUCCUGAGACUGCAUUCACCGCCGUAACGGCGUAUCAGAAUCAAAGAGUCACACAACUUAAAAUUGUGAGCAAUCCCUUUGCCAAAGGUUUUCGAGAGAGUGAUUCGACAGAUGAAUCACAAGAAAUGAUCAACGGUGUACACCUGACACAGCAGCAACAGCAAUCAAAUACAACACGAUCGCGAUCUUCUACAGCAAGACCAUCAAAUUCUACCUCUAAUCCAAAAGCAACGGAUGAGGAAUCAUUUCCAACGCAUCUUCAGGCUACAGUUGCGGACAUUCAUCAAGGUGUUUCACCACCGGCUAUAACACAACCCGGUAGGUUUUCCUCACAGAGCCCCCAAGCUGGAUUACCACCACCUACUGCCACGUCACCCCUUGGGCAGCCUUAUGCAUCCGAAGCGAGCUCCUUUGGACCACUCUACCAUCAUCAUCAUCACCAUUUGGCAAAUUAUCCUUAUGAUAAAUUUAAACUAACCCCCCCUGGGGGUCCUCCGCCACCAGCUGCCACCAUGCCAUCAUACACAAGUGCCUACCAUCAUCAGGGUUUCUAUGCCCCUAUGCGACCCACGGGAUACAUUGAUUUUGUACCAAGGUGAAAAGAAUGGAUCACGUGACGUUAUACCUAAGAAGAUAUAUAUAAUAAAAGCCGCUUUGAGGUGAUGCACACGCGACAGAGACGAUGGAUUUGUGCUUGUUGGAGGUUUUAUAAUAUUAUUAAGCUGAUGUAACACAAAAACAAUAUAAUCUCAAUGUGCCAAAUAAACUUUCCUUGCAAAUUAGACAUUUAACAUGGAAAA